AUAUCGAUCCCUCAGAAUAUAAACCGAACAACUCGCGAAUGGCCAACUUUUCAGGAGAGCGAUUUAAAGCUGAGAUUUUACAUGCUGAUCAUAGGAUUUUUAAGAUUUGAAACCCAUAUAACUUUGGAAAUAAUUAACUUUUCGGUAUAUUAUUCACCGGAAAGGUAAAGGGUGUCAAGGAGUACCCGAAAAGCAAAAAAAAAAAACGAAUUUUGCAAAAAAUCGAGUUGUUUGGAUUAUAUUCUGAGGGAUCGAUAUAUGUAUGCUUUCUCCAAAGAAUGGUAACAUCCAAUGAGUGUGUAAGAACAUAAUUUUCGAAUGCUAAUGUAACGAGAAAUAUCACGUUUAUAUAAGAAAUGAACAAAAACUAAUAAAUCGUAUAUUAUAAAUCAUUGGAAUGGGGUAGGUAACAAGGAGAUGGGACAAAAUCAAAGGAUUUUAUACCGCACUCUCUCACUAGAUACGAUAAAAAAAACCUCAAAAAUUUUAUAUUACAGAAUAUGUAGUCAUAUGCACAGGACAAACUAAUUGUAAUUCCGGGAGAAUAGUUAAAAUACUUCAUACUCUGCACGAAAAAGUUGAUAAACGAAAGUUUGUGGACAAAUAAAGCAUGAGAAAUUAGUUCUGAAAAUCAGUGUAAUAGCUUAAAAAUUUAAUGAAUGUUACUACAGGAGGGUAUAAUUAAAAAUGGAAAAGGAAUAACCGAAAAAUUCUCCCAUGCUCAAUUUACGUUAUACAACAAUCACUAAAAUGAAAUUUACGGACACAUUUGUUAUUAAUGAGACGUGCAAAUUGCCACUAUUGAUUUUUCUUGUUUCACCUCUCCCACCAUCACGUGCUACAUUUUUAAAAUGGAGCAAAAUGUUUUUAAAUUAUAAAUAAAGAAUGUGCUCGACAUGAAAUGCGAAUAAAUGCGCAAGGGAAAGGAUAAUAAAACAAAGUGCAAUGAAAUUACUUACAGUGUAGAAAGUCACAUGCAAAUGUGGGCUAUAUAGAAUAAAAUCUGUAGAAUUUUGCUUGAGGUAAACUUGCAAAAUGUGUUAAAUAAAGAUGCCAAGUGCUCUAGAGAUUGAGAGUUUGAUUGGAAAUCUCUUGAGUGGCAGGACAUGAUACUAAAUAAUUUUUCAAAUAUCUCCGGACAAAUGUGGUGAAAGGAGGUGCUGUGUAGGAACUUCUGGAUGUUUGUGAUUCUCAUGAGUGUUGUCACAAAGGCAAAAUGACAGAUGCAAUUACACCAAAUGAAGGCACAGCAGGACCGAAACAGCAGGUUGUGGCUUAUACGGAGAAAUCGCAGGAUAAGCAUGAAUCUCGGCAUAUUCAGCUUGUUCGUGAAUAUGGCUUCCAUCCACGCUCCAAAGUGUCCGUGGAGGAUGGAGCGGUUCUGCCAAAGAAGUUUGAACCCUUUCCAGAGAACAUGUACGGUCGACCUCUCGAGGAAAUUGAUAACUUCAUCUAUGAGGAGACUUUCUGUGUGGUAUCAAAGCGCUUCCGUAAGAACUACAUUCAUCGUUUCACGGGAACAAAGAGUCUGUUCUGCUUCACUCCAUGGAGUCCAACACGACGAGCCUGUGUCUACCUGGCCACAAAUCAGUUCUUCGACUACAUCGUGAUGGCUACGAUCCUCCUCAACUGUGUCUUUCUCGCGAUGACGGAGACAGUGGAGGAGGCAGAAUAUAUAUUUCUGGUGAUCUACUCAGCUGAGAUGGUAAUUAAAAUAAUUGCCAAAGGCUUUGUUCUGAAUAAAUACACGUACCUGAGAAAUCCAUGGAAUUGGCUGGACUUUGUUGUAAUUACCAGCGGCUACGCAACGAUUGGAAUGGAAGUUGGAAAUUUGGCUGGUUUGAGAACAUUUCGUGUGCUGAGAGCACUUAAAACUAUUUCCAUAAUGCCAGGACUUAAAGUCAUCAUUAACGCACUUCUUCACUCAUUUCGUCAAUUAGCAGAAGUAAUGACUCUUACGAUUUUCUGUUUGAUGGUUUUUGCUCUUUUCGCUCUCCAGGUUUAUAUGGGAGAACUUAGGAAUAAAUGUGUUAGAAAUCUUCCAGGAGACUGGAAUAGUACGACUGAAGAGUGGAUGAGUUGGGUGAAUGAUACUGAAAAUUGGAUUUACGAUGAAGAAGGAUUUCCUCUAUUGUGUGGAAAUUUAACCGGUGCCCGUCACUGUCCUUCAGGUUACACGUGUUUAUGUAUAGGCAACAAUCCAAAUCAUGGUUACACGAGUUUCGAUAAUUUCAUGUGGUCCAUGCUCACUACUUUCCAGUUAAUAACCCUCGACUAUUGGGAGAAUGUAUACAAUAUGAUUUUGGCCACAUCUGGUCCUAUGAGUGUCUCCUUCUUCACCGUCGUAGUCUUCUUCGGAUCGUUCUAUCUCAUUAACUUGAUGCUAGCCGUUGUGGCGUUAGCAUAUGAGGAGGAAGCACAAAUUACACUUGAGGAAAGAAAAAAAGACUUACUGGAUCACAGGGAUGAUUCCACAUUCAGUUUCGAUCCGUCCAAAUUGAAUGUGAAGAAACUAAAUAAAAAUCAGAAGAAGAAAAUUGAUUCACGCAAAGGGGUUCUCCUAGCCAGUUAUUCACGUAAGAAAACGAGACGGAGAAAAGGCAAGACGAACGAGGGCAAGAGUAACAAUCAAACAAAGGGGGGAAGGUCUGUGACACCGAGUCCGAGUCCUAGUCCACGACCAGCUUUGGCUAUUCAGAGAGGCCGUGGGGUCACAGUUCAGAGCACAACACAAAAUCCAAACACUCUCCAUCCAUUAGGAGCCAAUUACAGGGGUCAACUUCUGCCUACCAGUCGUCAGGCGAGUUCCAACGCCAGCGAGGGCGGGGGUGUCAAUCGUGAAUCUUCCCUCGAUGAUUCUGGCGUUGUGGAUGACCAUGAUGAGCAGGAUCUAGCCAUGGAAUUGCUCCAUGCAGCUAAUAUUGAGCAACUCCAUCGGGAUGUGACGCCUGUAACGUUAGCGCUUUCACCCCGUGAAGUGCGAAUAAUUAAGUGCAAUGGCAAUAUUGCACGGAUGAAGAAGCACAAUAUGUAUGCUCUUCAUCCAGAGUAUCUAUCUCAAAUUGUUGUUUUAGAUGAUCUUCCUGAUCGAAAUUGUGACAGAUGUGUUCAAUGCUGUAUAGAUUACGAGGGCUGGCUACAGUUCCAAAAUUGUUUAUACAAAGUAGUUAAGGAUCCACUGUUUGAAUUAGCAAUUACAUUAUGUAUAGUCCUUAAUACAAUGUUCUUAGCGUUAGAACAUCACGGAAUGAGUGAAAAUAUUCGUCAAGCCUUAGAUAUUGGAAAUAAAGUGUUCACAUCAAUUUUUACUUUUGAAUGCAUUAUGAAGCUGAUGGCUUUAUCAAAAGACUUUUUCCUCUGUGGCUGGAAUAUUUUUGAUUUAAUCAUCGUAUCUGCCAGCCUUUUAGACAUUAUUUUUGAACUUGUUGAUGGGCUGAGUGUCCUCAGAGGCCUGAGAUUGUUGAGAGUCCUAAAACUGGCUCAAUCAUGGACAACGAUGAAAGUUCUACUUAGUAUUAUAAUAUCGACAAUAGGUGCUCUCGGAAAUUUGACUCUCGUAUUAGUGAUAGUAAUAUAUAUAUUUGCCGUGAUUGGAAUGCAAUUGUUCUCCAAAGAUUACACACCCGACAAAUUUUUUCCCGAUCCUGUUCCCAGAUGGAAUUUCAACGAUUUUUUUCACUCCUUCAUGAUGAUUUUUCGUAUUUUAUGCGGAGAAUGGAUAGAGCCUUUGUGGGAUUGCAUGAGAGCUGAGGAGAAAGAUGGAGCCUCGUCGUGUUUUGCCAUCUUCCUACCGACACUUGUAAUGGGAAAUUUCAUGGUGCUGAAUUUGUUCUUGGCCUUGUUGCUCAACAGUUUCAAUUCAGAGGAGCUUAAAUCGAAAAAAGAGGAGGUUGGUGAAGAAUCUAAAUUGGCAAGGAGCUUUGAAAGGAUUCGUUCGAUUGUACGAAAGAAGCGAUUAGCAAGAGAAGCGAAUAGACAGAAGCCAAAACUCGAGGAGAUCGUCAAUGAAGUGAUGGUGAAGCGAAGAAGCAACAAAGAUCGACUGAAGACUGCUGAUAAACAUUUCUUAUCAGUGGAAAUUCAACAAAAGACUCUCUAUAGACAUAGUUAUCAGGAAUCGCUUAACAGACCAAUUUCUGGCUCGGACUUUGGGCUAGAUAUUCCAUUGAAUCCCAAAGGGCAUCUCCAACCAAUAACAGGAAGUCAAGAAACAUUUCGAGAAGUUGAUGAUCGUCAAUUCCCCGAGGAUCAGUUAGAGUAUGAUGAUCCAAAACCUCCAAUUCCCAGUGAAAGAAAGCUUUUGCAUCAGAUUUCAUCUGGAUUUGGUACACAACAAAAUGAUAGUCGAGAAGAACCAACGACAACAGAAUCAAUAGAAUUAAGAACAUUAGGACCAAUAAAUUCCACAGAUACUGAUCCAGGUGAUCUUCACAUGACGGAGAUUGAUCACUAUGAACCGAGUCAGAAGGACGAAGAGUUAUCGGUACGAUCACCAGUAACUCAGCUCAACAUAUCGCCACAGUCCAGGCGUUCAAGUCAGAAAUCACAGAGUUUGAAGGUGCCUGGAACCGGGAAAUUGCCUCCUAAUCAAACGGAUCCAACGGAUCCCGAAGAGUUGCCAAAUCAAAUGAAUUUACGCGAUGAACUGCUCAAUUGUGAGCAGAAAGAAUUAUGGCAAUUUCUCAGUGAUGACUUUGAUAACAGCAACAACUACUUCAGUGAAACAGUUGGAUAUGGAAGUGCCCUAAUAGAUCCCGAUACCGAUAGUUUGGUCUUUGAUGAUGGACGUCGAGAUGACUCUGUGUUUUCCGAUCGAAAAGUUUCAAGUGCGAGUUUGCGGUCAAAUCUUAGCAAUAUUUCAAAUUCAAUUUUUCAGACGCUAGAAGCAAAACGAGGAGGUAGUAUAGCUGGUUCCAUAGACAAGAUGUACCAUGAUAAAAAACCCUUGGUUGAGACAUCGGAGUUUGAUCAUUUGAUCGAGAGUUUUGACAAAGAAAUGACUGAUCUCAAGAAACAAUCUUCCCUUUCGUUGGAACGGAAGCCAUCGAUUAAAGUGAGUCACGAUAAGACUUCAUCUCUUCCAGCUACUCUUGAAGCCACUGAUAUUGUACGUCGACGUCCAAAGCCCGUACAUGCUGUACCCACGGAUGGGGGCAGUGUGAAGAUCAAACGACGAAGUUUGGAGAAACAGAAGAAAAUCUCCGAUGAUGAUUUUCACGUGACGGCGGAAAUUAAAAAAAUCUGUGAUCAACUGCAGGCACCCUUCAGCAACGAUAUGGGUGGAUUGAAGCCAAAAUCUGACUUUCAUGCCUCGUUCGAGAGGAUCAAGCGAACGAGCCUUAUUGAGCGCGUUGAGGAAGUUGAGGAGAGGCAACCACUCAAAGUUGAGAGUGAAAAGUUGCCGAGGAAGUACCUGGGAAAGGAAUUGAGCCUUGAGCCACUUCCACUUAAAAUAUGUCACAGUCAAGAAAAUAUUAAGAUGACCACUUCACAUAUGCCAAAAACUGGGAGCGCUUUUCCCGUUCAACAUCGCCAAGUGGACACUGUUAAAAGUGUUACAUUGGAUAUUGACUCUUCCGAAAAGUCUGAUAGCGAUUCCCGAAAAACGACGAAAGGAAAGAGUCCAAAAUCAGAUAAGAAAGCGAAAGGAACUGAGAAACCAUGGCACUGUUUGGUAUCAUACGUAGACGAUCUGACGGUGGGUGGUCGACGAAAUUCCAAAGGGUGCUAUGAGGAUCCCAUGUCAUUCCCCAGCUUCGGGCGUAAUCGCUCGCAGAAGGUACCACAGGAUUGUUUCCCGCAACGUUGCUAUGAACGAUGUCCGUGCUUCCAGCGUUUCCUGAAUACACCGCUUGGCAAUGUGUGGACUGCAGUGCGAACGGCCGUCCUGACCAUUGUGGACACCCCGACAUUCGAAUGGUUCGUUCUGGUGCUGAUCUUCGCCUCCAGUAUUACACUCUGCUUCGAAGACAUCCACUUGGACUCCAAUAUACGCCUCAAGAAAAUCCUCUAUUGGACAAAUUUAGGAUUCUGCCUCAUUUUCAUCAUUGAAAUGGUUCUCAAAUGGAUUGCUCUCGGAUUCACCAAAUACUUUACGAGUUUUUGGACCAUAUUGGAUUUCAUUAUCGUUUUUGUGUCCGUCUUCUCACUACUCAUUGAGGAGAAUGAAAACCUGCGGGUACUCCGCUCGUUGCGGACACUGAGAGCACUCCGGCCAUUACGUGCCAUUUCAAGAUGGCAGGGAAUGAGAAUUGUAGUGAAUGCUCUCAUGUACGCGAUUCCAUCGAUUUUCAAUGUCCUCCUUGUGUGUCUCGUCUUUUGGCUUAUUUUCUCCAUCAUGGGUGUCCAAUUUUUUGGCGGAAAAUUCUACAAAUGUAUUGAUGAAGAUGGUGAACUCCUCCCAAUUGAUAUAGUCAAUGAUCGUCAACAGUGCUUCGCUCUCAAUUACUCAUGGAUCAAUUCAAAGAUUACUUUCGAUCAUGUCGGAAUGGGAUAUUUGGCCCUACUUCAAGUGGCCACCUUUGAAGGAUGGAUGGAAGUGAUGGCUGACGCUGUUGAUGCUCGUGGUGUAGAUCUUCAACCUCAACGAGAAGCUAACUUGUAUGCAUACUUCUACUUUGUGAUAUUCAUCGUUUGUGGUUCAUUCUUCACUCUGAAUCUCUUCAUUGGAGUAAUCAUUGACAACUUCAAUAUGCUUAAGAAAAAGUACGAGGGAGGAGUGUUGGAGAUGUUUCUCACAGAAUCGCAAAAGCAUUAUUAUACUGCUAUGAAAAAAUUGGGUCGAAAGAAGCCCCAAAAAGUGAUCAAAAGGCCUAUAAAUCAAUUUUUGGCCAUGUUCUACGAUCUAUCCAAUUCACGAAGAUUUGAAAUAGCAAUAUUUGUGCUGAUCUUCCUGAAUAUGCUGACAAUGGGAAUUGAACACUACGAUCAACCACAUGCUGUGUUCUUUAUUCUCGAAGUGAGCAACGCGUUCUUCACAACAGUCUUUGGCCUGGAGGCGAUUGUGAAGAUCGUGGGACUAAGAUAUCACUAUUUCACUGUGCCAUGGAAUGUCUUUGACUUCCUCCUCGUGCUCGCGUCAAUACUUGGCAUAUUAAUGGAGGACAUCAUGAUAGAUCUACCGGUAUCACCCACAUUGCUUCGGGUGGUCCGAGUCUUUCGAAUCGGACGAAUUUUGAGACUCAUCAAAGCUGCGAAAGGCAUACGGAAACUACUGUUCGCUCUAGUUGUUUCCUUACCAGCACUAUUUAACAUUGGUGCUUUGCUUGCCCUGAUCACCUUCAUCUACGCUAUCUUGGGCAUGUCUCUCUUCGGUCAUGUUCGUCUACAAGGUGCUCUCGAUGACAUGGUGAACUUUCAGACAUUCAGCCGAAGUAUGCAACUACUAUUUCGUUUGAUGACAUCAGCUGGAUGGAACGAUGUCCUGGAGUCACUCAUGAUCCAACCACCGGACUGUGAAUUAGGCGGCACAGCAACAUCCAACGGAGACUGUGGUCAUCCUCUUCUAGCCAUUACCUAUUUCACGAGCUUCAUCAUAAUCAGUUACAUGAUUGUGAUCAACAUGUAUAUCGCCAUCAUACUGGAGAACUUCAAUCAGGCUCAUCAGGAGGAAGAAAUUGGAAUAGUUGAAGAUGAUCUUGAAAUGUUUUACAUACGUUGGUCAAAAUACGAUCCACACGCCACACAAUUCAUACACUUUUCCCAACUAUCUGACUUCAUAUCGUCACUGGAUCCACCAUUGGGUAUUCCAAAGCCCAAUACGGUGGCCCUUGUGUCAUUCAAUUUGCCCAUUUCAAAGGGAAACAAAAUACACUGUCUUGAUAUACUGCACGCAUUGGUGAAACAUGUGUUGGGUCAUGUGGAAGAGACGGACAACUUUAAGCAGUUGCAGGAGCAGAUGGACAUCAAGUUCAAGAAACAAUUCCCCACACGCAAAGAGCUUGAAAUUGUCAGUUCGACGCGUGUGUGGAAGAGACAGGACAAGGCGGCUAAAUUGAUUCAGGGCACAUGGAGGGAGUUCUUGAGACAGAAGCGCGAACGCGAACGAUCACCAAUAUCGCAGGAUGAUGAACACACUCAAACUUCGAGUCCUGGCGGGUGGCAGAGCAAAUUGCAGGCGCUCAAUUUUUUGCAUUUGCAAGUUCAUAGACGUGGCACCGCCACAUCGAGUCGAGCAUCCUCGCGGAAGUCGUCUCGAUGCAGUGAGGGAUCGGAUUUGAGCGAGUUAACUGGGCCCUGGCUUAAUUUACCUCUGAUGUUAGUUUCUGGAACUGGUGACCUGGUCAAAGAUAUGAAAAAUCUACAGCAAAACGGAGAUGGAGGAACACCGGGUCAACCAGACACGAAGCCCGUGCGUCGACGAAGUUUCUACAAUUUCUUCCUGCGACAUCAGGAUGCAGUUGAUGAUGUUGCGGCAUCACCAUCGGUCCUCAGGAAGAGUCUCACACCAAGCGGUACAAUUGUGUCUCUCAAUAACACUGAUGAGAAAUGCGAAGUUGUACAGAGCUCAUCAACACCUAAAGCCAAAAGGGCCACAAGCUUCAUUAAAAAAAAGAAACCGCCUUUAGAGCGCGGCCUUUCAGCACAAAGCGCACUGCGAGUCAAUAGAAAUGCUUUCGUUUCUGACGGACCUACCGGACCAGCAUCAGAUGUGAGUAUCCUCGUAACAGAACCAUCACCAGAUACACCUUAUAUUUCCGGGGAUCAUCUCCAGGCCGACCAGACGCUUGUACAUGUCCUUGUUCAUCGAGAAAGUGAGGAAUAUCAUACAGAUGCCGAAGAUGGCGGUAAACCGGCUCAACCUAGUGAACCAGUGAGGCGUAAACCACCGGAUUUGCCUCCACAGGAUAACCUCCCUCUAACAGCGCCAUCUUCGUCAGUUACAAUCAUGGUGGAAAGUCCAAAAGAACCACCAAAGGGUGAUUUUUCGUCUUCGGACGCCACAACAAUUGACAUUAACGAGCCGAUCGACGUAAAUAUGCCCGUAGAUACGACAAAUAUUUUCUAUGACUACGAUGAGAGUGCCGAGAUCGAUCAGAUAUGCCAAUGUGAUCCCACUUCUGACGAGGAAAGGUGACUACAGAGUGAAACAGAGACCGUGAAAAACGAUCCAUCAGACAGUUGACAAUCUUCUAAUUCCUGAGUAAUUUUUAGAAUAGCGAGAAUUUUUAGGGAAUUCCAAAUGGGGAAUCAAAUUUCAAACUUUAUUGAAUUGAUAUAUAGAGAAAUUCUUUUAGAAAUUCUCAUAAAAUCUCUUCUAUAAAUGAAAAUGACAAAAGUGUAGAUUUUUUAUUGCUCGAACUCAAAGAGAAAGAGCAAUUUUGUAGGUAGCAAAAGAAUGUCACAAAGAAUUAUACGAAAGAAAAAAAAUCUUAAAAAGACUUUUAAAGCAAUUACCAUGUAUUUUCAUCUGAUAAGACAUAAACAUUAGUUUUGAAAGUAAAAUAGACCAAAAAAAAAUAUCAAGAUUUUUAGAAAUAGAAAAAAGAAACAUUAAUAGCCAGCAGAAGAAAAGCAUCAAAGCACUUCCAAGUAAUAGAUUAACAAAAAAAAAUAGACUUAAUUAAACAAACACUUUUGCAGAGAAAUGGAAAAUUCAACAAAUAAAAGUGGCACAAGGAAUUUUCAAAACAAAAAAAAAAGAAAACAUGGAAAUUCUUAAACGUAAUUCUAUUUUGAAAAAUUUCGCAAAAUCACAGAGCAUCAAUUUAACUUCUCAUCUUGAAAAAUAUAUAUAUUUUCUUUAAUGAAAAAGAACAAUAAAUUAAAUCCAGAAAAGUAUAAACAUAGCAUUUUCGAUUUAAGCGUAAAAGAAUUAUUGAAACGAAUUUAUAUUGAUAAAUGAAAAGUAAUAUUUCGAAAAUGUUUAAAUAGGAACAUCAUGGUAAAGUGCAUAUUCUAAUUAAUUUGUAUAAGAGAAUAUACUAAAAGAUUAAAUUCAGUGAAAUUCUAUAAUAGAAAUGAAGUUAUUUCUUAAAAAAAAAACGAAACUAAUUGGUGAAAUAGCAGAGAUUACCGCGAUAUUUUCUUGUUAGAAAAUUUUCAAAAGAAAAAAGUUAAUAUAUUUGUAAAUAGAGUUUAUAAAGCUGACAUUCAAGAAAAUAUAUACUCUGUCAAUUAGCAAAAAGGAAGUAUCAAAUCAGACAUUUUUUAAAUUUUUAAAUCAUUGCUCUUCUUUCUUAAAAUAUAACUCUGCAAAAGACUUCCUGAUGGCGUACACAUUUUCUUCUUCUAGUAAACGAGCUUAUUUUUAAAGUACUGUGAAGGAAAAAAAUUACUAAAUUUAAAAACAAAAACUCAAACUACAGACUAAUGGCGUAAAGUUUCUGUUUUCAAUUGCUACUAAAAAGAACACAGAAAAAAAAUGAUUUGUAACGAAUUCCUUGUCUUCAAAGAGCAUUAAGACCUGGGAACACAGAUGAAAAUAAUUAAAGAAACUAGUCAUUCUAACUAAAAUGGGAAAUAUUGCAGCUCUUAGAACUAAAAGAGAUUUAUUCCACAUUAAAAGCGGUUGUAAAUAUCAUGAAGGUUUAUCAAAUUUGGAAAUUUUAUAAGGCAUUAAAAACAUUCAAAAAAUAAUCUUAUACGGCUUGUUGGAUAUCAAAAAAUUAAGUGAAGUGAUAUAAUAGACGACUUAUCGUUA